GAAAAGGUCAACAAUCCCCCAUUUGUCUCGGUUUGUUUUGAUGAACAAAAUUUAGUUUACAGAGCCAGCCUUUGAGUCGUGCGAAAUUCACGCUCCUUUUAUCAAAACCUAGAAACCUCUCGUUUCUUUCAUGUAACCCUCUCUCCCUCUUUCCCUUCAUAUACUCUUCUUCUUCAAAUCAUUUCGAUCCUUUGUUCCCACACUUCCACUCUUCCAUGAAUUUGCUUUGAACCAUCAAGGUGUUAGAACUUGGAAUAUAGAACCUGGCUGCUAAUCCCGAAUGAAAUAUGCACCUUCUCUCAAACAAUGGGUGAUUUUGGAUUGAAAGGUUAUACGUGUUUUCAUUAAGAAAAGGCUGGAAUUUUCAUGUAAUUAAAGGACUUUGAGAAUGUGAUUAUACAAGAUGUAAUCAUCUAUGCAAACGGCUGAGUUUAAAUUUGAGUAGCAAACUAAAGGUUUUUGUUACAAUUUUCUUAGAGGAGAGUCAGAGACUUCCAACGAUUUAUGGCAACGACAAAAAGAGAGAGCAGUUUGGGGAAAGAGAAGAGGGGUACCUCCCCUUCGAAUCCUUCCGUCGCCCAUGGCCAAAGAAGAUCCACUCCAGGUUCCACUGACAAACAAGUACCCAACUAUCUCAAGCCUACAAUAAGCUCACGCAAUGAUGGUGUCAAGACGGUUAAAAAAACUGGGCCUGAAGACACCUCCCAAAGGCCUAAUCUGCUCAGAAGAAGAUCUUUUGAUAGGCCGCCAUCAGCUGCUCGAGUUCAGAAGGCACUUAUCUCUCCAGCUCGAGAGAAACCAACAACAUCCCGAUCUGCUUCUUUUUCCUCAAAGCCCACUGCUGCACCCAAGGCAACUUUGGAAAGGGUUGCCAAGAAGCCAAAUGCAGGAAAACCACAGACGACGACGUUGUCUUCAUCUAGGAGCAUGAAGAAGACCACGAGUCCCACCACUAAGAAGGCAAGUACUUCUUCUUCGGGUUCAAAGAAUCCUCCAGUUAGUAGUCAUGACAAAAAAGAAGCACAGGAAGUUGAAACCAAGCAUGAAAAUAAAGAAAACGUGGAUCAUCAACCUGAAGAGGUUGUGAAAGAUGAUCAGGGUGAGAUAGAUGAUUCCGAGUUGCCAAAAGCUGAAGAAAGUGAACAUCCGGAUGUUGUGGAUACUUCUGAAGUUAAGAGUGUUGAAGAAGGAAAAGAAAACCCUGGUGGUAUUUCCGCAGCUUCGCAAGAACAUAACGUGCCUCCUCCAACUGAAGAAAUGGAAGACAAGUUUCAGGAAGAAAAAUCUGAUCAUACCCAACAUGAAGAAGAUAAAGAGAACCGAAUCAAAGAGGAAACCGAUGACCUCCAGGAAAAGAUUCCUCAUGAGGAGGCUAAAACAGAAACUGAAGACAAGGGAGAAGAGAAUAAUGUAAGUGACGAGGUGGCAGCUACUAAAGAGAUAAUCGGAGAAGAAAAUGAACUUGAGAGCAGGCAGGAGAACGAUGAAGGGAGGCAGCAGGGGCUCCAAUCAAGUAAAGAAGAAGUAAUUGCAGAAGAGGUUGAAGAACCAAAGCCAGAGGCAGCAAACGUGGUCGCCAAAAGCCACGGGAGGAAGGAAUCUGCAACACCGUACAACGAUGUGAUCGAGGAGACAGCCAGUAAGCUACUUGAAGAGAGGAAGAACAAGGUGAGAGCACUGGUCGGGGCGUUUGAGACUGUCAUAGAUAAAGAAUCUUCUAAAUAAUUCUCCCUCGAGAUCGGUAGACAUGAAUAAAGGAAUGAACCAUGUCGUGAGCUUUCACACUUCGCUUGUAAACACUCUGUAUAGCUUACAGAUUUCUCAUCACCAUGAUCAACAUCGUGGUGGAGAAAUGAGGUUGCUCAUUUGAGUUUUUUUCUCUUUACAAUUUCUUUCUACUGUUGAAAUUCUUUCUUCUUUCUCCAAACUCUUCCCCUGUUUGUCUCUACUCUCUUAAACAAUUUAAUGUAGCAAGCAUUCGAAAGGAAUCCAAACAAUUUGAACAUUUU